CCCUAUCAGCUGUGUUUAUUGUUACCUAAAGCUUAAAACACAAAUGUAAAAGAAAUAAAAACAUGUCGAAAGGCCAAACGCUGAGAGCUUUGGUGAACGCGCGUCUGUGUGCGGCUGCGGAAGAGAUUUUUGCGCUGUUUGACAGAACGAUAGCGGAGUAUGAGCAAGAACUGUGCCGCUCCAAAGACGAGAACCAGAAGAGCCGGGAGCUCCUCCACACUGUGCUCAGCCCGAGGGUCGUGCUGCUGCGGGCGGCUGUGGAGGAGCAGAGCGCCCCGGGGAGUCCUUGGCCUGGGCUGGACCAGGAAAUCACCGAGACUCGGAUUAAAGAGGAGCCAGAGGAACCGAAGGUCAAACAAGAGGAAGAGAAGCAAGAGUCUGUCCCAGAGUCCAGCGCUGAGUGUGUAAAGACAGAAGAAUCCUCUUUACUUCAACAAACUGAGACGCAGAGAGACGAGACGCAGAGAGACGAGACGCAGAGAGACGAGACGCAGAGAGACGAGACGCAGAGAGACGAGACGCAGAGAGACGAGACGCAGAGAGACGAGACGCAGAGAGACGAGACGCAGAGAGACGAGACGCAGAGAGACGAGACGCAGAGAGAGAACCUCAGCGCAGAGUCACUUUUCCACCCAGACACCGCCAAAGAGUCCUCCAACACCGACAAUGAUGACGACUGGAGUGCAUCUUUCAGCUGUUCAGAUCCACAUGUGGAGACCGACGGAGACCAGUACAACCUUGACCCUGCACUGUACACAAACCUCUUCCUCAAUCACAGUCCCGCUCCAGAGACAAGCGCAAAGAAUGUGCAGGUGUCAGGAACAGCCGAAAGGCCUGAAAAGAACAAAUUCCAGUGCUGCGUUUGCUACAGGACAUUUGGUGCAAAAUAUACUUUGCAGGUUCAUUUUAGAGUUCACACAGGAGAAAAGCCUUUCAGCUGUACAGUCUGUGGAAAAACCUUUGCAGACCAGUCCAAUCACAGAAAACACGUGGAAUCUCAUAGCCAGGCAUCAUUCAGACGGAGAAAAUUUGCCUGCGACGAUUUGCAAGAUGUUCAUAUGAAAAAUAACCAUAUUGAUAAAAAGCCAUUUGGGUGUUCAACUUGUAAGAAAAGUUUUGAAUCUCACGUCGAGCUUCUGGAGCAAAUGAAAACUCAUUUAGGAACUAGACCUUACAGCUGUGCCCUCUGCGAAAAAUCAUUUUUUCAGAAGUGCAAUCUCGAAAUGCAUCUCAAAGCGCACGCUGCUGAAAAACCAUUCAGCUGUUCAGUUUGCGGGAAAACCUUUGUCGAUGAAAAUGCACUGGAGGCACACACAAAGAAAUGCCAUAACGCUAAAAAGAAACACAGUUGCGCACUCUGCGAAAAAAGUUUCACCAACAAAUAUUCGCUCGACAUUCAUACGAAAAAUAACCACACGGGCGAAAAUCCGUUCAGUUGUAAAGUUUGCAAGAUAACUUUUGCGUCGUACUAUGCCCUGACGAAGCACAGGGCCACGCACACGGGAGCGAAACCCUACAGCUGUUCACUGUGUGUGAAAACAUUUAUUCAAAAAGGGGAUCUCAAAGUGCACAUGAGGACGCACACGGGGGAGAGGCCCUACAGCUGUCCAGUCUGUAAGAAAAACUUUGCUUACAGAAGAAGUUUGAACAUGCACAGAGCCACACACACAGCGGACAAACCAUUCGGCUGUUCUGUCUGUGGCAGAGUGUUCAGGCUAAAGAGGCAUCUCCGCAACCACGGCUGUUCAGAAACAAAUGAUUUAUUGUAAGUUAGUGUUGUGACAAUACUAAAAUUUCAAUACUAAGGAAUAGACUCUUUCUUUAGACGAUAGAAUGUGAGUUUCAACAUUAAAUCGUGGCACUUUCUUUCUAUUCCCAUGUGAUUUUAUAUCUGUGUAAUCCCACAGUGAUCCAGGUAGGUUCCAUAGUAGUCCAUGGGUGUAUACUAGGCUCUGCUCUUAUACUUGUUCCGAUACAGCUCAAGAUCAUUCUAAAACUGUUCAGGAAAGCUUCAUGUCUGUCCUGUCACUGUGACUUUUUUGUAUGGAUACUUGUUCAAAUGAGUUUCUAGUUUCGAUACUAGUUUUAGUAUCGAGUAAUAUCUGAUUUUCAAUAUGUUUUUAUAAUAAUAAUAAAAACAAACAAUCCCUUUUUUAAAUGAUACGAUAACAUUUUCAAAACUCAAUCAUUGUAGUUUCUUAAUAUUACUAUCUGGUCUUAUAAUAGUUUUGUUAUAAAUAUAAACAGGGCUGCAGCUAUUUAUUACAUUUAAAAAUACUCCAAAUCAUGUUUUGAUCAUCGUAAAUCAUUAUCUGGACCACACAGACCUGUUAUAAUCACUAACCCAGUUUAUCUGUAAAUAUUCUUUAUUUAGAAGCCUUCAGCCACCGUAUUUCAACCUUUAAUUCAAAGAUUUAUUUAAAAAGUCUCAAUGUAAAACAGAAGUUUGACUGAUCAAAAAAUGAAUCACUGACUAGUCAACUAUUACAAUAAUCGUUUAGGUGCAUCCAAUAUGAAAGAGGGGGUUACACUUCCACCACCAUCACCGUGUUACCUUUUAUUGUUAAGAAAAUACUGUAAUGUAAUGUAUUCACUUUGGUCAGUCACCCCUCAUUCAGAGCUCUAUCGCAACUCUCAUCAUGUCAGGUUUGUGAAGUUGUAGCGCAUUUGUUUUGUGCCAUGUUUUUGUAUAUUUAUGGAGAAUCGUUGACAGAGCAGUGCCUUCAGUUAGCAUCACACUCCAAGGGAAUGUUGAUGACAUCAGCUGUAAAAUGUGAAAUUGAAUGGAAUUUUAAAUAUAUCAUGUAUAUUUUUUUAUAUAAUAAUUUCCUGACUUUUGAAAGACUUGUUGAAGCCUA